GCGGGUCCCGGGGAUCCCCGCCGGGUCUGGGCGGGGAGGCGCCCCCGUAGUGGACGGGCAGGACAGGCUCCUCAGCUGCGCGCCUUCCCCGCCUGCGCGCUUCUCCCGGAGGUGCCGAACUUUCCGGCCAGCGGCGCAACGGAGCCGGGGGACGGUGGGAAGGAAGCGCUUGGCCGCCGCGCGGAGGAGACGGGCAGUCCGGCUCCAGGGGCUCCGUCACCGCGGGGUGAGACGAGCCGGCCAGAAAUCGGCUGAUGACAGGCCGCCAUGAAGCGACAGUGGGCCGAAGAGGAGGCCCAGCCUGCAGCAGCCCCGCCAUGCAGCUCUCUCUUCAGCCUGUCGGUCUCCAAGCUCCACCAAAGCCUGCGCAUUGUAGAGCCCAACCUCUGGCACCUAGUGCUGGUGGCCAACACGCUCCGUCGCUUCCAGGGGGAGUUGCAGCCAAGACCUGCCCCUAUUCUCCAGGCUGCUUUAGGCCAGGAGGACCCUUCUGAGGGCAGCUCGAUACCCAGUGCCCCGGCCUGCAACCUGUCAGAGCCCAGCUGGAGCCUGAUGUCACCCCCUUCCCUCUCCCCGCCCAUGGGCAACCUCCUCCUUUCCGAUGGGGUCUCCUCUGCCUUCCUGGACUUUUUGGAGGACUCGAGUGAUGUUGCUCAGCCCCAAAAGCCCCUGCUGUCUUUGUUCAGCCCUGAGGCUGAAUGGAUUCCCCACACCUGCCCUUCUAGGACUCUGGAGCUUCCGAGCCCUGGCGGCUACCUUCUGGAAGAUAGCCUGGAGUUUGUCUUGGAGGACAUUGACAUCUCCAUGUUUGACUGCGAUCUGUGGCUGCCCAUCAGCCUCCCCAACUUCAAGGAGGCCUUCUGUUCACCUGGGGAGCAGGUGCCAGGUCUGGCAGACCAUCUUGACUGUCUCAAGAUGUGCUUGUGGGAGUGCAGGAACUUAUUUGAUGUUUUUUACUUCUGGCUGUUCACCGCCCUGAGUCCUUCGGGAGAAGGGCAGUACAUAAAUUUAAAUAUUAAAUUAAAUUAACUAUGAGGGCACCGUCAAAGGAAA